AUGAAGUGGAUUAUUCUUGUUCUUUUUUUGAUUCCUCUUGUUUUUGGAGAUGAACAGGAUUGGAUUGAAUUAUCAAAGAAGAAAAAGAAGAAUUCUACGACAGUCUAUGAUUCUGGAGAAAAGACAUUGACACAUGUGAGUUGAGAACUCGAGUCAGGAUAUUAUCACGUGGAUUAGGAUUCUAUUAAGGUCAUAAACUAGUACCAUUUCGAAACUUUCAAAAAGUGUAUAAAUAUGGGUGUCUAAAAUCUUCAAAUAUUACCUGGAUACCAAAAAACAACCUCAAGAACAUUAUAACACGUUCAGACUUCCCUAAAUAUCAGAUUUUCAGGGAAAACUUGAUAGCAAGAAAAACCCUCUUCACAAAGUCUGUAAUCCGUGUCAAAAGGGCAGUGCAGUUCUGACUAUUCUGACCAAAAAUAAAUAUACAAAACAAGCGCUUGUCAGUGUUUGUACAAUUGUUGUUGGCAGAAUUUUGCCAAUUCCAACAGUUCCACAUAUUCUUUGUGGUGCUGGAAUUGAUGUAAGUCUUCUGGUUUUAUUUCGAUACUUAUAAUCUCAAAAUAUUUUCCAGCUUCUGGCAGUUUAUCUUCAAAGAACUCCCCCAGUUCUUGUUUGUGGUCGAGUUUGGCUAUGUUAUGGUAAUGGAAUUUUAUCAAAACUUGCUAAUUCAACAGCAACACCUGAUGAAAAAUCAAAAGAAAAAUUCUUCACAGAAGUGGAUGGUUAUCUUGGAACAUCUCCAGAUUCAGAAACUGUAGAUUUAGUAGCAGAAUAUUAUAUCAAUUUUAUACAAACUUCGCUCAAUAUUGAUAGAUUAGAUCAAUUAGAUUUUGAAAAUGAAUAA